AUGCCCAGCCCUGACCCUCGCAAGCCGUUCGAUCGAUGGAGUCGCAGCAGGAUCAUCGAGUCCCGGUCUCUCGACCGGCUCCGCCACAUCGUCGCCAAUGCUGCUGUCUUCCGCGGCGAGCCCGGCGUCGUCGCCAACGUCCGGGCCAUCGCCGACCGUGACCACAGCCAGCGAAAGCUCUUCAUCCGUGGCCUUGGGACGGAGACCACCACCGAUUCCGUCCUCUCCCUCUUUUCUGCCUAUGGCGAGUUCGAGGAGGCUGCCAUCAUCGUCGACAGGGCUACUGGGAAGAGCAAGGGCUAUGGGUUCAUCACCUUCCGCCACAACGAUGGUGCCCAUUUCUCCUCUAUGGUCGUGAACGUUCCUGCCGACAUCCGUCGUAUCGCCUUCUCGCCGAUUUCUCCUCUUACGGAGAGAUCGAGGAGGGGCCGCUAG